CUGCACCUUGUUACGGGCUUAGGCACAGUGACAAAGGUGCGGUCUCUCUGCCUCUCUGGUAUCUGGUGCCACAUCACGUACGCCCUCUGCGGCGAGAAGAUGGGGAGGACGAUGAAGCCACUGGCGUGCCUCGCCUGGGCAUUGUCACUGAUCAAUGUCGUGAUGGCCGCCGAUUACGUCGUCGGCAACCCGGGCGGCGGCUGGGACGGGAGGACCGACUACAAGUCCUGGUCCGCAGCCCAGACUUUCGCUCCGGGAGAUAGCCUAACCUUCAAAUACAACUCAUACCACAACGUCUUGGAGGUGACCAAGGACGCCUUCGAAGCGUGCACGACGACGGACCCCAUCUUCUACGACAACAGCGGCAGCACCACCAUCGCGCUCACCAUGCCGGGGACGCGCUACUUCAUCUGCGGCGCGCCGGGACACUGCCUCGGCGGCAUGAAGAUGGUGGUCCAGGUCGCCGACCGACCCGCACCCACCACACCCAGUUCGCCGCCGGCGCUACCACCGGCGCCGCCUAUGCCGUCGGCUCCAGCGCCGGCACCCGCGGCUGCGCCACCGAGACGUGCAGGGCACAAGAAGCACAAGAAGAGGUACUGCCCGCCUGAAAACCUGCAUGCGCCGGCGCCGGCGCCGGCCCCCACAGUGCAGGCCGCCGAACCAGAUUUCCCGUUAGCGAUGUUUGCUCCGAUGUCAGCUCCGCCACCGCCGCCGCCAACGUCGGGCGGGCCUGCCGUGCUGCGAGCAACGUGGGGCGAGGCCACAGCGGCGCUAGCAGCUCUUGCCUGGUUCAUGCUUGUAGCCCUGUGAGCGGGAGAGGCCAGUUUCAGAUCAGGAGGGGGUUUAGACACCAGGGUCGUAUGAACCAAUCAUGUGUACGUUUAUUAGUAGAUUGUGUGGUACUCCCUCCAUCCCAAAUUGUAAGUCAUUCCAAUAAUCUUGGAGAGUCAAACUUUUCUAAGUUUGACUAAAUUUAUAUUAUAAAAUAAUAAUUAUUAUGGUA